AAAAAAAGGAACGCCGUCCCCAAAUUGUGCCAACUCCGAGAUCGAGCAGGGAUGGUGCACCCCGGCUGGGUCUGCCUGCUGCAGAGCCUCCUCCUGCUGGCCAGAGCGCGGCAGAGUCGCGGCCCCGCCGGCGCCUGCCCGCUGCGCGGAAAGACUGAACUGAACUCCUUUCUGUGGACCAUCAAGAGAGAUCCCCCAUCUUACUUCUUUGGCACCAUCCAUGUCCCAUACACCCGUGUCUGGGAUUUCAUCCCAGAGAACUCCAAGAAGGCCUUUCAGCAGAGUCACAUAGUGUACUUUGAGCUGGACCUCACCGACCCCUACACCAUCUCUGCUCUCACCAGCUGCCAGCUGCUGCCACAGGGGGAGAACCUUCAGGACUUGCUGCCCCGUGACAUCUACCGCCGGCUCAAGCAGCACCUGGAAUAUGUCAAACUCAUGAUGCCAUCUUGGAUGACACCAGACCAGCGGGGCAAGGGGCUGUAUGCAGACUACCUCUUCAAUGCCAUUGCGGGCAACUGGGAGCGGAAGAGGCCAGUGUGGGUGAUGCUGAUGGUGAACUCUCUGACGGAGGUAGACAUCAAGUCUCGAGGAGUGCCCGUCCUGGAUCUGUAUCUGGCCCAGGAAGCAGAACGGCUUAGGAAGCAAACAGGCGCUGUGGAGAAGGUGGAGGAGCAGUGCCACCCACUGAACGGGCUUAACUUCUCCCAGGUGAUCUUUGCUUUGAAUCAGACUCUCUUGCAGCAGGAGAGCCUCCGAGCAGGCAGUUUCCAGAUCCCCUAUACGACAGAAGAUCUUAUCAAGCAUUACAACUGUGGAGACCUCAACUCUAUCAUCUUCAACCAUGACACUUCUCAAGUCCCAAAUUUCAUUAAUGCUACACUGCCAGCCCAUGAGCGUAUUACUGCCCAAGAGAUAGACAGCUACUUCCGUCAGGAGCUCAUCUACAAGCGAAAUGAGCGAAUGGGAAGGAGGGUGAAGGAGCUGCUGGAAGAAUACCCUGACAAGAGCUUCUUUUUUGCAUUUGGAGCUGGUCACUUCAUGGGCAACAACACAGUGAUCGAUGUUUUGAGGAGAGAAGGGUAUGAUGUAGAGCACACCCCAGCUGGACAAGCCAUCAACAACGGAAAACUCCCCAAAACUUUGUUAGCCUUCUCAUCGUCCUCACCAGCACAUCAUCCUUAUGUAGUGUCCCAGGAGCUCCCACUGCCGUUGCAUACCCUGAAAGAGGAGGAGGAAGAACUCUUGCCUCACCUGCUGCUACCUGAUGGCAUCGAUGUGCUGGAGAAGGUAGAGAGAAAGUACAAAAAGAAGAAGCAACAGCAGAAGAAGCAAAGACUGCGGCAGUUUAAUGACCUAUGGGUUCGCUUUGAAGAAAGGACCUCCUCUUGUGACCAUGCUGACUCAUGAGAAACAUGUCCUCCCUCAUCUUAGAAGGUCUUCAUAGCACAGGAGGGUCUCAUGAGAUUUUUUGUCUCACUUGUGAGAGGACUUACAGAAAAUUCAGGCCUUGGCAACUUGCAUGCACAGCAGAUCCCUGCCCCUGUGAGACAUCAAAGGAUAUGAUUUCUUCAGAUUUCUCUUCCUAUGAAAAUGCUUCACUGCUUUUUGUUGCUUGUAAAAAGCACAUUUUUCCUCCUCCUCCUGCUCACAGUUCUGCUUUCCUCCAGGAGGAAAAAUGUUUCUAGGUGUGUUAACAGAGUUUUCAUCUAAAGACCUCAAAUCCUGGUCCAUUUCCAGGAGGACUGUAUGUAAACAAAGCCUUAGAUUGGUGAGGAAAACAAAGAAAGCAGAGUCUGAAUAUUGCUGUUUGCAACAGGAAAGAAGUUUUUACGCCCUGGGGUACAAGACAGAAUCAAUUCAUUGCAUAUUCUUUACCAAAAGACAUCAACAUCUCAGAGACAUUCUGUUUUCCACGGGAUGACAUAGCAGACAGGUUGGUGAUGUGCUCCUCUCUGUCUCCCUCUCUGACUGGUCAUCUGCUGGCAUAAACUCUCAUAGAGUUGGUGUGUCUGGCCUUAUUUUCCUUGGGCUCAAUGUGAUCUGAACAGAUCUGCUCAAAUGGGGCAUAGCUUAGUUACAGCCACACACUGCAAGCCUGACAAACUGAGCAAAUGCUUGUGUAUUUAUGAGUGCAUGUGAGGCAGGCACGAAAAGCAUUACACCAGAAUGUUCUGCUAUCUGCUAGCCCAUGCUUUGGCAUUGUGGAGUUGCUGUCCCCUCUCAGAUGUGGCACAGACUCAGUGGGGUCUGCAAACACUGGAAGAAGGGGUUGGAGAGCUCUCACGCCCUUUUUCCAUUACCAGAUAAAGGCUGCCCUUCAUGAAAUAGUCGCAGACUGACAGUUCUCUUUAUUCACUCCUGCACAGUUACUCUUGAAUUUCACUUCUGUGCUGAGUGGAACAGCCACCACACACCACACAGUGGGUGUGGGCACAGUGAGGUGAUGCAUUUCAGCAGUAGUGACAGCAACAGUGGGACACCUCUACUGGUGAGGUAUUUAUAGGCACAGCAUGUAGACUCCUGCUCAUCGAUGGUGAAAUUGCACAGCUAAUGGUGGUGACUGUGUUGAAAAAUAAUGUUUUAUAGCUGAGAAUGCACUCUGUCAAACACUCUUGUUGUGCUCUAUUUAGCUGUUCAAGUUUCCAUGGAAAUAAAUAGGAGGCAUUACUUUCAGAACGACCUAUGUAGCUUUGGUUGCCUUGCAGUUUCUCGCGAGAUCUGUCAGGGAUACGGUGAAUAGCAAACUUGAUUCAGAAAUAACUGAAUCUGCAGGUGCAUCCUUCUGUAGUGGAGAAGGUGUGAGAAACACGCUCAAGAUCAAAAAUUUCUAAUCACAGAUCAGGCAUAGAUCUCUGUGAAGAGCAGUUUAUUCAUUAUUGCAAUGAUGGGCGCGCAACCCAUUACUGAUAAGGGAGAAAUUGCAUAACCAGUCAGUGAAAUCCAUUCUGUUAUGUAGCCUGGGUCUGACACAGGUAAAGCCUCUCCUGGAACUCACUGGUUGAGUGUCUCAGGUUCACAAUCUUCCGACGCUGUUGCUGCAUUACACUUCCAUAGCUACAUUACACUUCUGUAGCUAUGUUAUGCUUCCAUACAAUGUCUGCUACCAACCCGUUGUCUUUGGGUACGUUCUGCACUUCUUAUAAUGAUAAGAGGACAAUAUUUUCAACAACCUGCACACCAGUUCUGUUCUGUGCCUGCUCUACUGCACACAAUUGCCUUACCUAGUGCCUGUGCCAAUUUUACCUAGGUCAGAACGCCCCAGUCUCAACUUUACUCUGUUCAGUAACUUUCUUUUAUGAAAGGCAGCUUAUCCUAUGCUACAUACAGAAAUACUGGAAAUUUCCACUGCAAAAACACAAUCCACCUCUGACAGAGGUGAAACUUGUCUCCUGAACGUGCCUCCCCAUUUCCUGAGCAGUAUAACAAAGCAUACUUUGCUAUGUCUUAACAUCAUUUUCCAUUCUCCUUCCUUUGUACUUACUAAUUGACUGACGCGCUCUGCUCUUCCCCACCUUACUGAAGCUCUUUUCAUAAAACAUCUCUCCAGUGCUGUGUGUGAAUUGAUCUUGUUUGAGGUGAGUGGGACUAUUGCCUGCAGGUUUCUCAUGGCCAAGAUUUUUCAGCUUGGAGACUGGUAUGUGCAAAGUUAUUAACAGAAUUUAAGAACUCACUCUGUUCAAAAUAUACUGGAUUGAUUAUAAAAUUCCUUCUGGAUUGCACUGCAACCUGGUAAAUACAGAAUAUACAAAGUACUUCUCUUUGUUUUGGCAGUUGCCGUGCCCCUAUAAAUAUCACUGAUGUUCAGCAGUAUAUUGAGAUAUCCUGUGAACGUUUGUUGCUUGGCUAAGCUUCACUAAUAGACUCUUCUACCAUAACAGGCAUGCUAUUUAAUCACUGGAAGACUUCACAUUUAUGUACAAAGCUAGGGGAAAAAGGAAGGCAAACAACAUUCAGAAAAGAGCUUGCACAUAAGUUCCUGUGUUUCCCAAGUUAGGAUUUGUGUCUUAUCUUUACUUGCUGAUGAAAUGGAUCAGGCACUAGGCACCAUUCAUUUAAACUGGUUCACCUUUCAACAACUAUUUCCUGCAAUUUCACAGCUUUUCCUCUGUCCUGCCUGUGGCUUUUAACACAUUCAAGCUUUUUUUUUUUUUUUUUUUUUUUUUUUUUUUUUUGUAUGUAUUUAGUUAGCAACUUCCUAAUACAAACAAGCUGCUUAUGUUGGUCCCUCUUGUGAACAGGCUGCCCAGGGAGGUGGUGGAGUCUCCUUCUCUGGAGACGUUCAAGACCUGCCUGGAUG